AUGACUUCCCGUCAGAACAUCAGCUCUGGCUCUGCCUUUGAAGAGCUCAUCGGAUAUUCACGAGCUGUCGUGACUGGCGAUUGGGUUUUUGUCAGCGGUACCACUGGUUAUGAUUACAAGACUGGGGAGCUUUCGUCAGAUGUUGCCGAGCAGGCCGACCAGACCAUGACCAACAUUGCUGCCGCAUUGAAGGAUGCUGGUGCUUCGGUCUCCGAUGUCGUUCGUGUUCACUAUAUCCUCCCUGACCGCGAUGACUUUCCGAAGACCUGGCCAGUGUUGAAGAAGUGGUUUGGCGAUGUUCGUCCUGCUGCAACCAUGAUCCAGUCCUCAUUGAUGAAGGAGGAGAUGAAGAUUGAGAUUGAAGUUACCGCGAGAAUUGGCUGUGGGAUUAAGAAGGAUUAG